AUGGCGCAAAUACGAGGCACCGCAGGAUACAACUUGGGAUUGAACAAUCAGUUCGGCAACCAGUCCAGUGCCGUAACGAAUGAUCCGUCCCCUCUGGAUCAGAUCAGGGAGCAGACAGGCAAGAUUGAAGACAAGCUCAAUGCCCUCGGCGAGCCACUCAAGCCAUAUCUGCCUGCGAUCGGACGGUUCCUCAUUGUCGUCACCUUUAUUGAGGAUGCCAUUCGGAUCAUAACGCAGUGGAACGACCAGUUGCUGUACCUGAAGGACUUUCGAAAGAUACCAUGGGGUAUAACCCACUCCUUCCUCAUCUUCAACGUCAUCACCAUGUCCACCUGCUCGACUCUCGUCAUCAUGCGCCGCUACAGCGAGUAUGCUGUGGCCGGUCUUCUGGCUGUCGUGGUAGUUCAGGCUCUCGGCUACGGUCUCAUCUUCGACCUCAACUUCUUCCUACGAAACCUGUCAGUGAUGGGCGGACUGCUCAUGGUUCUGGGCGACAGCUUCGUCAAAAAGACACGCGUAUUUGCUGGGCUUCCCACUAUUGAUGAGAAGGACAAGAAGAUGUACAUUCAGCUAGGUGGUCGAGUGUUGCUGAUCUUCUUGUUCGUCGGAUUUGUCUUCGCUGGCGAGUGGAGUUUCGGUCGUGUGCUGGUCAGUCUGAUCGGCUUUGUUGCCUGCAUCAUGGUCGUGGUCGGACUCAAAGCCAAGCUGAGUGCAAUCAUCCUUGUGGUUCUGCUGUCAGGUUUCAACCUGAUCCUGCAUCCACAUCACCCGCACAAGGACUUCGCAAAAUACGACUUCUUCCAGAUUUUGUCCAUUAUGGGUGGGCUUCUGUUGCUGGUCAACAUGGGACCUGGCUCUAUCAGCAUCGACGAGAAGAAGAAGGUCUAUUAG